AUGGCUAGCACCGAACCUAAACAAAUAGUCCAAGCAAUUUCCUUCAAAUCGCAAAUUAGGGAUUUGAAAUUUUAUCUCUCUAGAUCUCUCCAGCAAAGCAACCUACCACUUCCUCUUCCUCUUCCUCCUCCUCCUCCUCCUCCACCUCCACAGUUUCGUGAAGUGGAGUGA